AUGGAUGCCAGAGCAUGGCUACUCUGCAUGCUGCUUCUGGGGCUGUGGGCCCACAGAUCUCAUCGUACAGGAGCUGUUUCCCUCCCUCAGGAAAGAGACUUGUCCCUAAGCGAAGCAACUCUGCCUCAGGAAAAGAGCCUUGAGAUUGCUCAAUACAAUCCUGACAUCCACCUCAUCCGGAGUAAACCGAGCAACCAAGCAAGACCCUACAGCCUCUCUCUCUCUCCUGAUGACUAUCACUACUCCCCCAAACCCAAGCGUCUACGCACCCCUCGGCUGAUGAAAAUGCUGGGCUCGUCCUUUGACCCCUUCUGGAUGUCUUUUGAGGACCCACGCAGUCGGAACACAAGUCUAGAGGAACUGGGCACCCUGAGUGAGGACCUGACAGAGCGUACAGCCCGACUUAAGAAGAAACUCCUUCAGGAAGCUCAAGGACUCGAUCUUCUGGAGCUGCUGACUUCUGAGGAUGGCAUUCCUCACAACCAGAGCCAAGCUCUCAAACACCGCCUCCAACAGUGGCUCGUGGAUAGUGCUACCUGCCACUUGACCUCUUCAUGGGUGGACCUGGGACCCAUCUUCUGGCCACGCUGGGUACGCCACACAGACUGCGACCCUACGCAUGCAGGCUGCUCUUGGCCUCCCGGUAUGACUUGCCAACAUUCACAGGUCACUCACAUCAAGCUCUUGGCGUGGCAUUGUUGGGCAAGCAAGGAGGAAGCUGUGGUCCCUAGAAAGCCUCCACAGCAAUGUGCCUGGAGGCAGAUCCCUUAUCCUGUGGUGGCUGCAUGCAAGUGUUCUUGCCAAUGA